GACUCAUGCGCGACUGCUGAAGAUGACAAAACCCACAUAGAACCCUUCUGCUGUUCCUGGUUUCUUCCGAACAGCAAAAACCAUUUCUCAUUUAUUCUCCAUUUCAUUUUCCUCUGUAAAUCCCCCAAAUAGAUUUUCUUCGUCUUACUUCAUUUCCCACUCUUUCCCAUAUAGACUUCUGCCUCUCUUCAAGCUCUAGGUAUUUUAUCACUUCGCCGUCGUCUUUUUCGAUAAAGAAAUCCAGACGUUGAGAGAAGCGAAGAAGGGGAGAGCGCUACAUGGAUGUAGAGAAGGAUAAAGAGCUUGUUCUUGUUGCAAGGAAAGCCUGUUUUGGUCUCCCAACGGCUUGCCCCUCAUGCUUGCCUGUUUACAUAUACCUCAAAUUAGCUAACGUGCCGUUUGAUUUGCGCUUCAAUUUGAUUCAUCCUGAUUCAGAUCAAAUACCUUAUGUGGAGAGUGGUGAGUAUGUGGCCUACAACAAUGAGAAAAGUGGAGUUAUUGAAAGUCUAAAGGAAGAUGGAAUAGUUGAUCUGGAUUACUGUAUCCCAAGUCAUACUAUUGCAGAAUGGAUGGCCAUAAUAAGCUCGUGGCUUGCAGAUGCUGCAAUGUACGAACUCUGGUUGGGAUCUGAUGGAAGUGUGGCACAUAAGAUAUAUUAUUCUGACCUCCCGUGGCCAAUUGGAAAACUUCUCUACUUUAAGCAAACUUAUGCUGUGAAGCAGCUACUUGGGAUAACAAAAGUCAAUGCUGAGCGAAGGGAAGCAGAGAUCUAUAGGAAGGCGACCAUUGCUUAUGAAGCACUGUCAACGAAAUUGGGGGAGCAGACCUUUUUCUUUGAAAACAGGCCAACAAGUUUGGAUGCAAUUUUCCUUGGACAUUUGCUUUUUGUCCUUCAAGCUUUACCAGGUACAUCGGUGUUGCGAAGCAAGCUCUUAGAGCAAAGCAAUCUUGUAAGAUACGCUGAAAAUUUUAAGACGGAGUUCUUGGAAGCUGGUUCAUUGCCUUCAUCUGUUCCACGGUCUCCAUUUGACCCUUCAUCAACAACACCAAGAAGAACUCCUCCAAGUUGGAGUUCAAAGCCUAAAAGCAAACCCAAGAAGGAGAAGACGGAAGAAGAGAAAACCUUCAGAAGAAGGGCCAAAUACUUCUUGGCAACGCAGUUGGUUGCGGUUCUUGUUUUCCUAUCUAUUAUGGGUGGAUCUGAUGAUGCUGAAUUGGAAGCUGACGAUGGUGAUGAUGGCAUGGAUUAUGAUGACUAAAAUCAUCUAAUCUUCUACAAAGCAACUUGUUAAAUAUUGAUUGUUCAUUUUUACGUUCAUUACUAGCACAAAGUCUAUAUGCCUAGUUAGGAACUUAGGAUAUUGUUCCCAUUUUGAGUUUCAUCUUUCACUUCUGCGCAUUUCUGUUGACAUGGGUCCAUUUGAGUUGGGGAAGGUUAAAAGCUUUCCAUUCCCCCUCCCCUUACGCAUGAAAAUUUUAGAACCAUUAUUCACAUUUUGAUACAAAUUGAGAAUUUAAUUCUGAAAUUAGAAAGAAGAAUAGAACGAUUUACUGGUGUA